AUCUUACUUUCGCACUGAACGUCACGAGCAACAAUCGACUGUAACAGACGAUCAGGAUAAGCAGAACGCGGAUAAAUAUACGAAGUAGAGGCCUGUGUAGCCAUCUCCACGCCGAAUCUUUCUGAAUGGGGCCUUACCUCUCCCGGGAACCAUGACGGGACGGUGGAGGCGAAGACGAUCCCCUGGGCAACAAAGCACCACAACAGCACGCACCCCAGAGAACCAGACACCCAUUACUACAUGUUAUAAAGGGACAAAAGUGGGUCGCAUUUCAGCGUCCAAGAAAACGGCGCCUGUAUCCGUCGCUAUAAGUGCUCGGUCGGAUCCGGUUUAUAAACUUCCGUUGCCCAGGCGAUCAUCGCGGAAACCAACACGUUCAUUAACUUCAAAUGAUGAGAAGAUACCGCUCGAUCGACCUCUAUCGCGGUCUGUUUCACCAAACAGCCCUGCUAACGAGUCCCGGACUAGAAGUCGUGUGAACGAGCGGGCCAGUGCCCAGAAUAUACCCCAGGAUCAGAAGGGUAACAAAUCAUCCGUACCUGAACUGACAAACGAGGAACAAACAGAUACCAAGGGUAAGAAGAGAACUCGGGACCCUUCCUUUGCCGCACCGCGGAAAAAGCAUCAUACUGGGUCUACCUACCGGGAAGACCCAACAGGGCAGACAGUCAAGGCACCAAUCAAUGCGGAAACAGGAUUGACCACGGCGCAGGACAAUGGUUCCAAUGCCAUAGCGAACAAUGCCGAUAAUCGACCUCUGUCGGCGGUCAUUCAUCCAGUGGAAGGAGCGUGCUUUGCAGCGGCUUCGACUUUAUUGAAGACUCCUACUGGAUACCGCAGUUUCCAGAGCACGCCAGACUCUUCACUGUCCCAUUUGGAUGAUGUGGAGCAAAUGGAGCCGGCGGUUAUAUAUGGGGUGGAUUCUUCCGGUAGGCAACGGAAUGGAUUCCAAUCUCCAGGAGCCUACAGUCCGUUCCUCUUUGACAAGCUAGACCGCGAUAUUGAACAGCAUCUUCAUCAAGGAAAUGAUUCCUUGAUUGAAGAGGAGCAACCUUUGAAUAGUAAUUGCGACCUGACCAUGCGGACAGAGGACUUGCUGGAAUUUCUGAACGACGACAUAGAUGGAUUCAGUGACGGGGAGGAUCUUGUAUCCGCCCAUAGGUCGGUCAAGACGCCAGAGAGUGAGACUGACCUGCUUAAGGAAGCACGUUGGCCCACGCACCAGUAUACGGACGAAUCAACCAAAGAGCCGAGAGUGGACACGACAGAAAUAAACACCAGAGACGCAUCGAAUGUCACCACCCAUGAGUCUCAUGACGCAGGAUUGUCCAUUGACGAUACAUAUCUGCAAGCUACCGAUUUCCAGUAUCAAUCAGAGGAUGGGAUUUCGGAUCCGAGAUUACUUCUUUCCAAUAAAGCAUAUGGUAUCCCGGAGUCAGUGCUGGGCGCAUUUAAGGAACGCGGAAUCACCUCGCUACUUCCCUGGCAGAUGGAAUGCUUACUGCAGGAAGGCGUUCUGGACGGGAAGAGAAAUCUUCUGUACAGUGCGCCUACUUCUGCUGGGAAGAGCAUGGUUGCAGAUAUUCUCAUGCUGAAUAAAGUCAUCAAGACGAAGCGGAAAGCAAUCAUGAUUGUGCCGUUUGUGGCAAUCGCCAGUGAAAAGACGCGGGAAAUGCAAAAAAUACUGGCCUCCGCGAGCCUUAACAUUGUUGGAUACUACAGCGAUGUGGGAUCGUCUUCAUUCGAUGAUGUUGAUAUAGCGUAUUGCACAACAGAAAAAGCAAAUAGUCUGAUUAACAAGCUACUCGAAGAGCGAAAACUUGACUCGUUAGGAAUCGUGGUAGUCGACGAGCUACACAUGGCCGGAGAUCCUUCUCGCGGUUAUUUGCUCGAACUACUCCUGACCAAACUGAAGUUCUUGAUGAAAGAUGAUCUUCAGUUGGUUGGGAUGUCCGCAACCCUUCCCAACCUUGACUUAUUUCAGGGUUGGCUCGAUGCUCACUUGUAUGUAACACACGAUCGCCCAGUACCCUUGACUGAGCAUAUUAAGUAUGCCCAUCAAGUCUACGAUGUGGCCGGUCGACCAAUCCAGACGUUAAAGAAGAAUCAUCAUCUCGAUGCUGAUAUGUUAGGGUCAUUGGUGCAACCGGUCAUUGAUGAUUCUGCAUCCGUCCUAAUUUUCUGCAGUUCCAAAAAGCAUUGUGAAAGUACUGCUACAUUUCUGGCGCAAAUCCUCCGUGAUGUCGGGGACGAGGAAACAAAGUUACAACGCUUAAACAUUGUGCGGGAACUAGAACGAGCGACUCCGGCAAAGCCAGAUGAGCUUCUGCCGAACCUGAUAAUGAAGGGAAUCGCUUUCCAUCACUCUGGCGUACUCACUCAAGAAAAGGAAAUCAUUGAAGAUGCGUAUCGGGCUGGAAUCAUUCGUGUCAUGACAUGCACCUCUACAUUGGCCAUGGGUGUGAAUCUCCCAGCCCGUCGCGUAAUAUUCCGUGACAUGAAAAUUGGGAGAAAUCAUAUAAGUGUCAGGGAAUACCAGCAAAUGAAAGGGCGAGCAGGAAGGAAGGGUCUGGAUGCUUAUGGCGAAUGUUACCUCAUGUGUGCACAGUCUGCGGAUUUCCAAAGGGCACAACAGCUCGUUCAGGCGGGCCUCGACUGUGUCACGUCAUGUCUAAUGACGGAGCUGAAAGGAAUGAAGAGGGCUUUGCUCGAAGUGAUUGUUGCUGGGGUCGCCAACGUCGGUCCAGACUUUGAGGCAUACUUGCAAGCGACCCUACUUUACGCCGAGAUUGGAGUGUUCAAUGAGGAGCUUCGGAAAUGCAUCGAUGGAGCAAUCUGCUUCUUAUGUGAUCAUGCCUUUAUUUUAUGGAAUCCUGGAGCAAAACGAUUUGAAGCCACUAAACUGGGGAUAGCAACAGUUGCGUCUGCACUCGCGCCUGAGGAGGCUCACAUUGUAUAUCUUGAGUUGGACAGAUCAUCGGCAAAUUUUGUUUUAAAGGACGAGCUGCAUACCGUCUACCACGUCACCCCACCCUACAUCCAAAUCGAAGUUGACUGGAAUCAGCUACGAUCUCUCUACAUGAAUUUCACAGAGACGAGUUCGCAUAUUGCGCAUCUUCUCGGCAUUCAGGAGCAUGUGUUAUACAGCUCUGCGAGACGAUCACGACUAACAAUCACGGAACAGCGAACCUACAGCCGAUUUUAUACGGCCCUGGUUCUCAAUGAUCUGGUCCAGGAAAAACCCUUCGACGUCAUCAUGAAGAGGUUCCCCAAUUUGACACGUGGCAUGUUGCAAACCCUGCAGAAUCAAUCGGCUACCUUUGCUGGACAGGUCAAGAUCUUCUGUGAGAAGAUGGGAUGGGAUACUCUGGGCGUCAUUGUAACCCAUUUUCAAGCUCGUUUGAAUUUUGGUGUUGCAAAGGACCUGGUGGAUCUUGUCCAAGUUCCACAUAUUGGAGCCAGUCAUGCCCGAAGCUUGUACAAAGCUGGGUAUAAAAAUGUUGCUUCUUUGGCAUGUGCAUCGGUCGACGAGAUUUUUGAUGUAUUGAAUAAAGCUCUGCCGUUCCGGUUACGAAACCCGGAUCACGCUGAAGGCAACCGGCGAAUUCUGUAUCGAGAGGCUCACAUCAUUCUGAAUGGUGCCAUUGAGAUUGUGCAAACGCAGAUCAAGGAGGCCGCUAUGGAGGCUGAGAGGAAAAAGAAACUGCUGACCAGGGCCAGAGAGCUUCGAACACCGGCUUCAUCUGGCACUAAGAAGGCCCCGAAAAUGUGUUCUCCAGAGACCUCGUCCCCACAAUAUCGUUCAAACCAACUCAGAGAAAGCAAUUUUGCAGAUACUAUAAAAGAACAAAAGGGAGAUCUUCCGGAUAAUGACAGAGAUCAGCAGACGACCCCACCCGAUCAAAUUACAAAAUCCGCUCUUUCCGACGAAUUUUCAAUUGUAAACGUUACGGAAACACAGGAACGCUUUGAUAUGUUUAUCAAACAGUGGGGUGACCAACGAGAAUACGUCUGGAACUCAUAUACUAGACCGUUUGAUUCGAAGAGGAGAUUAGCUGGACUGUCAAUAUGCUGGCAGCGCUCAGAGGUUUACUUCCUAGAUCUUGUGGACGGAACCUUUAGCUGGGACAAGAUUCGCAUGGUGUUUGGGCAAAGGUCUACCAAGAUCUGCUUUAACACAACAAAACAGCUCCAAUAUUUGAUGCAAAACUGCGUGAUACCUGCGGGGGACUUUGAUGAUCCGAAGGUUGCAGCAUGGUGCUUGGAACCAGACUCCCCAGAACCGGAUCUGAAGAAGAUGUUCAACACGUACUUUCCAGGGCAGAGCUUCAGCGAUGUCGGCCCCCCGGAGGCUGCAUGUGCUCGAAAAGCCAUCCAAACAUACCUUUUGAUGCAGACAAUGCGCAAGCGAUUGGACAAUCAAGGCUUGUUGGACUAUUAUGAAAGGGUCGAGAUGAAAAUUGCCCCUAUUCUCGCUCGAAUGGAAUAUAUCGGUCUUGGCUUUGUCCAUCUUGAAUUUCACAAAUACUGGAAGGUCUUUACCGAAAAGCUGGAGGACCUCGAACAGCAGGCAUACAAAGUGUCCGGUUACACGUUCAGCCUUACCAACCCAAAUGAAGUUGCUGGGGUGCUAUAUGAUAAACUUGAAUUAUCUUAUGAAGAGACCAUUGCCGGCACAUCUCUUGGCUACAUCGAGGCGAAGAAAACGGAUAACGGCAAACCGAUUUUGCGGAGUACCUGUAAAGAAGUUUUGUUGAAAUUGGCAGCAAAGCAUGAGUUUCCUCGCAUCAUCAUGGAACAUCGGAGGAUAUCCAAGCUUCUUGGUACGCAUUUGGUUCCCUUGCGACAUAACCAAAUCAUGAACCAGCAUCUUGGUAUGCCGAGAAUACAUUGUACAUUUGAUACCCACACGGCUACUGGUAGAAUGGUCGCAAAGGAUCCUAACCUGCAGAAUGUCCCACAUCCCACAAAGGGACUAACUGAAGCUGGUCUAGACAUUGAUUCCGCUAAUUUGCGAAACGCAUUUCAAGCAGCAGAGGGCAUGAUGUUGGUGUCAGCAGAUUAUUCUCAAGUAGAAUUGAGGCUAAUUGCUCACCUGUCGCAAGACAAGAAUCUAUUGGAGAUCGUCAAUAGCGGUGACGACUUUUUCAAACUCAUGGCCAGUAAGCUUCACGGAAAGCCGCAGGAGCGCGUCACAUAUGAAGAGAGGGCUAGAGCAAAGGCCCUUUCAUACGGAGUCAUGUACGGUAGAGGUGCGCGAUCGCUUUCCGAAGAAUUGGAAGUCGACCUAGCCGGCGCCGAAGCUUUCCUGCGUGAAUUUCAAGCAGCCUACCCGGGUGUUCCCGCCUGGAAACAGCAAACUAUUCAAAAGUGCCACGAGAAGGGAUACGUUGAAACGAUUCUGGGACGGCGCCGGUAUUUGCCCGGUAUUCAUGAAAACAAACUCUCUGUCAGGACUCAUGCAGAGCGCCAGGCUAUCAACACUACCGUGCAGGGAUCAGCUGCAGAUCUGGUCAAAGUUGCUAUGAUCCAUGUUGACAAAGCAUUUCGACAUCGCGGUUGGGACUCUUGGAUCAGCGAUCCUGAUAAUGUCCGCAAGGUCCCUCAUUUGGUUCUUCAAAUUCAUGACGAAUUAUUAUUUGAGGUCCCAAUGCAUCUUGUUGACGAAGUCAAGUCGAUCAUUGUUGACUGUAUGAGCCAUACGUUUGAACUGGAUGUGCCAUUGCCCGUUCGCAUGAAGAUGGGAAAGAAAUGGGGUUCGUUAAAAUAAUAAUUGUGUGUAGAAUAAUUUAAUUCGUAAUAGUCUAUUGUUCCAUA